AUGUUCAAAUUUUUUGUUUUAUUUAUUUGUUCCUACUAUGGGAACAUAAUAAUUGAUAUAAAUGUAGAUGUGAAUUUCGGCGAAGAUGGAAAUUUGUUAGAAUUAAAUAGAGAAGAAUAUCUUAUCACAUAAAAAAUUAGCAACGCAACUUUCUAUCUGACAGUAAGUGACUAAGAUAUUUCCAAAUAUAUAUUUUUAGAGUAAGCUAAUACAAAUAACCUAGAAUAUAUUUUUAAUUUCCGAAAAAUGGAGAUGUCAAUUUCAUUACAACUGUAGGAAAUAAUUAGUUAACUAGCUUAUAAAAUUCUACUUUUAAAGCUGACUAUGCUGACUAUAAUGCUUAUUAUUUGCAUAAAAAUUAUCAUUGUAUUGUGAUGCCUGCUCGCCAUUUCUAAAUAAAUGACACAUUAUACAUAACAAAUUUAAUAAGAAAUGAUCGACGCAUUUAUUAAUAUAGCCUUAAAAUAACUAAACUAGCUGAGUAACCUUGCCCUAAAAAUUGUUCUUCACCUUAUGGAAUUUGUAUUAAUGGAAUAUGUUAAUGCAAUUCUAAUAAAAUAGAGUUAGAUUGCUCCGUAGAUGCAGUUGCUUUAAAAUUAGAUUAAACACUUGAUAAUUUUACAUUAUAAGGAUCAACUUACUUUUAUUUUUAGUAAGAAACAAAAUUGGAAAAAAUAUAAUUCAACUUUGGAUUCUUUGACAAUUUUUAUAAAGAUAAUGUGUAAGUUUCUUUAUCAUACAUGUUCGAAAAUUUUAUUUAUGGUGUUCCCAUUGAAAUUAAUGAAACCUGUACCUUAUCCAAAGAAGAGUUGACAAUAAGUAGGAUAAUUGACAUCUCAAACUUAAAUUAUAAUGCAAAUUUAUAGAGGUACUCAUAUUAAUAAUUUAGAUUCAAUCGUCUGCUUCUCAAAAUAACUACUAAUUAGGAAUCAUAAUUGUAUUUUUGGAUCUCUGAAAAGUCUUCAGAUAAUAGUUAUAAUGACGCAAUCAAAAUUUUAAUUAUUGUCUUAAUUUCUUUAGCUUGUUCUUUCCUUAUCUUAAUUGUUGGAUGUGCCAUUUAAAAAUAUAGAGCUAAAAGGAACAGAAUUAUUUCAGUAAUACCAUAAUGCUUAUCAGAAUCUUAGCCUUAUCUUACAUUAGAGCUUUUAGAACAAUACUUGGAGAAAGCUUAGAAAGUAAAUAGCGAAUGCUCCAUUUGUUAAGAAAAAUUUAAUAGCAUGAUAUAAACUCCUUGCCAUCAUAUAUAUCAUGCAUAAUGUCUAUUGAAUUGGUUCAAUAACAACUAACCCUAUUCUUGUCCUAAUUGCAGAUAAUUAGUCGAUUUUGAAAAAAUUAAGAUGGAACAGACAAAAUCUGUAAUAUUAUCAAAACUAAUUCCCUCUAUGAAUUAAUCUUCUAUCAAUUUGAAUCAAGAAUAAGCUCAAAAUUGA